UAGGGCUUAUCUAUCGCGGCAUGGCCCAACCGACUGACUUGACCUUUGUGGUACAAAAAAGCUAGGGUCUAAACCGACUCUGGAGCACAGCGCAUUCAGAAUUCAGAUUGAUUUCAAUCAACUUCCCUAAUAAUCUCGAAGCAUAUUCCUCAUACAAAGCUACAGAGUCAGCAGCCAUGCCGAAGAACAAGGGAAAGGGAGGAAAGAACAGGAAGAGGGGAAAGAAUGAAGCAGAUGAUGAAAAGCGUGAGCUUGUGUUCAAGGAAGACGGGCAGGAGUAUGCCCAAGUGCUUCGCAUGCUGGGAAAUGGCCGGUGUGAAGCUAUGUGCAUUGAUGGCACGAAGCGUCUUUGCCAUAUCCGAGGCAAGAUGCACAAGAAGGUCUGGAUUGCAGCUGGUGAUAUAAUCCUCGUGGGUCUUCGUGACUACCAGGAUGACAAGGCUGAUGUGAUCCUCAAGUACAUGCCUGAUGAGGCUAGGCUCCUGAAGGCCUAUGGGGAGCUUCCUGAGAAUACACGUCUCAAUGAAGGCAUCAUUGAUGAUGAGGAUGAUGGUGGUGGCGAUGAUUAUAUUGAGUUUGAGGACGAAGAUAUCGAUAAAAUAUAGGGUUUGGGAAUUAGUUCUGUAUGGAUUUUAUCUUUAGUUCUUGAGAGUUAUUGUUAUUGACAGUAUUGCAUGACUAUGAAAUGCACUAUGUAAGUUUGGAUUUUCAGGUGAUGAAUCGGUUGCAUUCCAUGUAACACCUGUUAUUACUAAUGAAUGGCUGUUAUGUUGUCCU